AUGAUGGAUGCACAUGUGGAACCCCUCCCAUUCGCUCAGACAAGAAAUCCAUCGCAGGAGCAGCCAAGUGGCGAUAUCCACAAAUCUUCAUUUGCUGGCACCCGACAAACGUCUGAAGAUAGCAAAAAUAUCAGAUUCCUUGAUACAGAUCUCAUAGAUCACGAGCAUCCCCAUCGUACUCAUCACCUAUCACUUGCAGACACCAGUAAAUGGCAAAAUGUACGACGAAGGAUGUCUAUCAAACCAAUAGGGCUUACUAAAAUACGGGUACCAGGACAUCUUAACUACAAAGAAAUCCGACAUCGUUUCGAAAGGCAAAGUACAUUUCAUGGCAUAAGUCAUGCUGCCCUCGCACCAAAUAAACGGUGGAGAAUCUUUUGGUACACAGCAUUUUGGCUGUGUUUCUUGUGCCUAGCUGUACAAAUAUUCUUUCUUGUGAUAAAGUAUCUACAAUAUGCAAAGACUGUUGAUCUCGAUUUGAAAUUUGAAAAUGCUCCAUUCCCUUCUAUUACGUUGUGUAAUUUGAACCCCUACAAGAAAAGCGCAAUCAAUCAAAAUCCGGAAACAAAGGCGAUGAUAGAUGCAUACUCUAAACGAAUAUCUACUGAUAGGACAGAAGGCGUAGCUGCUGCUUUGGCAACACAUUUGCAUACGAAAGACAAUACUUGGAAGGAAAAGCUUUGCAUAGAAUGUGUUGAUGGAACAGGACACUGUCCCAUGCGUUUCUACCGCGGAAAUCAAAAGUACGAAGACAUAAAAGAGGAAGUAGACCUCUGCCUCUGCCACAAAGAGUACAAUCACUGCGUUGCUUCUCGUGAAGAUGGUGUGAUCAUUGAAAUCAGUCCGAGUGAUGAGCUUGAUACCCUCAAUAUCACUGCACGUAGUGAAGCUCAGCUAAUAAAAACGCAAGAGAAAACCACGACAACAACGACUACAGAAGCUCCGCAAGUCACGCAAGCCCUCGGAUACGAGAACCUCACCGACGAGAUAGCAAUAGUAACACAAGCACAGCAAAAUCUCAUGUUUGCUGUUGGAUCUAUGACACCACAGCAGAAGGAAACUAUGUCACAUCCACUGGAUGAACUCGUUCUCAAAUGCUCAUUCAACCAAAAAGAUUGCGACAUGGAGAAGGACUUCACUUUGUACUACGAUAAUACGUACGGGAACUGUUACACUUUCAAUCAUGGCGGAGCUUCAUCUCAUCGAGCUGGUGCAAAUUACGGAUUACGAAUUCUACUGUAUGCGAAUGUGAGCGAAUACUUACCAACGUCCGAGUCAGUAGGCUUCCGAAUCACAGUGCAUGACAAGCAUAUAGUACCAUUUCCGGAUGCUUUUGGCUACAGCGCACCGACUGGUUUUAUGUCAUCCUACGGUGUCAGAAUGAAACAAUUUAUCCGAUUGACCGCGCCGCAUGGACAUUGCAAAGAAGGGGGAGAAGAUGACCCAAAUUUUAUCUAUAAAGGAUUCAACUACUCCGUUGAGGCUUGUCACCGAAGCUGUGCGCAGAAAGUUAUCAUGGAGAUGUGCAAGUGUGGAGAUCCAAUGUUUCCGAUUCCCCACAGCACGGGAAUGAGAGGAUGUCACGCUACAAACGCAGAAGAACGUGAUUGUUUGAGGAAUGCAACACUCUAUCUCAGUGAAGUUUACACCAAAGAUAAAGAUGGCAUUCCCGGCUGCUACUGUCACCAACCAUGCAAGGAGACUAACUACGAAGUAACCUAUUCCGCAGCAAGAUGGCCGUCCGGCUCUGCAAAAGUCAUGGAUUGCAAUCCUGGCGACUACCUUUGCCUAGAGAAAUACCGCAAAAACGCUGCCAUGAUCCAGAUAUUCUACGAAGAGUUGAAUUACGAAACACUGCAGGAAACACCAGCCUAUACACUUACAAGCGUGCUUGCCGAUCUCGGUGGUUUGACCGGUUUGUGGAUCGGUGCCUCUGUAGUCAGUCUACUUGAGAUAUUCUCGCUGAUAGUGUUUGCUUCACAAGCGUACGUGAGAAACAGGAAAGGAUCAAUAGCAGCUCCCUCGCUGAAUCAGAUCAAAAAAGCGUCGCGCGCGUCUGUACAGGCACUGCAGAAGGCCAGCCUAAGCACACGAUUAUCCGUGCAGGACAUUCUAUCUCUGCACUCCAAUCAUUCUUCAAAAUCAAAGCAGUCCAUUGUGAUCGAGGAUCUACCGUCUCCGAUACAGGAGCAAACGGAUGAUGAAGAAACAUCAUCAGGAAGUGCUGGGACUGCGGCGAGUUGCCGGUACCUUCCUCCAGGUGAGGAACUUCCGUGCCUCUGCAAAUACGACAGCGUUGGGAACAUUCGCGUCAUGAAGGCGCUCUGCCCCGUCCACGGUUACAUGGUCAGGAGAAACUACGAUUACAGUUGUUCUAACAGCGAUGAGGACGGAGGAUUGGAAAACGACGAGGUACAUAAGGAAGAACCUUACUACCCUGAACCGUAUAUACCUAGAAGGGACAGCUCAAUCAGGAAGAAGAAGCAUAAAAACAAAACGGGUGGAAACGGGCAAAUGUCUGAGCAGAAAGCUACCGCAGGUUCAUCAGAUGAACUCUGAAGACGUGAAAGCGAAUGAGAACGCAGCUAGAUAUGCAACAUAUCUCAUCUACUUUUCAUGUUUUAACUUCGCACCAUUCAAGAAAAAUCUGUGAUCUUUUCAAUAAAUAAAUGUAUUUAAAAGCGG